UGAGAACCAUCAGCAGCAGCAGCAGCAGCAGCAGCAGCGGCAAUUGCGCGAACGCUGUCUUCGACAACAUCGCCCGGUCGUGCCAGUCCAAAAAUUCGAAACACGAAAACGAAGCCAUUGGGAGGAUCCACGAAAUCACCCGAGGUCCACGAUCAUCUGCCAGACCGCCUACUGCCUUCUCAACUACAGCAACACAUGGAAGUCAUAAAACAACAUGAGAUGCUCCUUCCGACACUCAGAAUCGCCAGAAACUCUGGGGGACUUGGUUAGGAAGGAAUAGGGAUCAACUGUCUCUAUCAGCGGAGGAACCGACUACCAGGAACCAUUCUGCUGUGGUCAUCGAUUUGGAUACACGGCACUUUCGACUGGCUACCUUUUUCGACCUUCUUCAGCUUUCCAGGGUCUGGCUUCAACUCAACCCGAUCAUACAUCUUUUUUGGAACUGGCACGAUCCGAGAUCAAACUGCUUCUAGACAUACUACUGCAUUCGCGUUUUCCCCCUCGCCGCAUAUCACCAAUACGCAACACCAACCAACCAGUCUUACCACUUCGACUGCGAUAUCAGAAUCAGUUGUCAUUUAUCAACUGAAUACCAUCGCUAACUCUUCUUCAUCAGCCCGUCACAAUGCUUGUCAAGUACCUUGCUCCCGCCAUCGUGGCGAUUGGCGCCGCUUCUGCCCAGUCGGCCUCUACCUGCACUGUCAGCGGCGGCACUACCACCAUCCACAGCCAGGCCGAUGCUACCGGUCUUGCUAAGUGCAAGACUAUUAAGGGUUCCGUUGUUGUUACCAAGGAGGUUGCCGGUGACUUCCAGUUGAGCGGUCCUCAGAUCAUCACUGGCGAUCUCAAGAUCGAGAACAACCCCAACAUUAACAGCGUUGGCUCCGACACCCUCGAGCAGAUUGGUGGCGAGUUCAGACUUGUCGAGACCACCCAGCUCAACGCCGUCAACAUGCUCAAGCUUAACUCUGUCAGCAAGCUCACCUGGCAGUCCAUCGGCAACGUUCCCGACAUGGGCAUGACCCAGCUCAACAAGGUCGACGAGAUCACCAUCUCCGACAGCCAUCUCCGCAACAUCGAUGCCAUCAACGUUACCAGCAUCAAGAGCAUGAACCUUGACAACAACCAGUUCAUCACCAAGUAUGAGCCCGCUAUCAAGGAGAUCACUGGCGACCUCACCAUCCAGGCCAACGGUCUCGACAUGGAGGUCGGCUUCCCCAACCUCAUCUGGGCCAUGAACAUGGCUAUCUCGGAUGUCUCCAAGAUCAGCUUCCCCUCCCUCCAGGUCGUCAACGGCUCUGCCCGCUUCGACAACAACAAGUUCGAUAGCUUCAGCUUCCCCAACCUCACCGAGACCAAGACUGGUGAUAUCUCGUUCGUCGGUAACGAGAACAUGCAGAACCUGACCUUCCCCAAGCUCACCCAGGUUGGCGGUGGUCUUCUCGUCGCCAACAACACUGAGCUUGAGGAGAUCAACGGUUUCCCCGCUCUCCAGACCGUUGUCGGUGCCAUCAAGCUCCGUGGUAACUUCACUGAGGUCAAGUUCCCCAAGCUCCAGAGCGUCCGUGGCGCUUUCGAUCUCUCCUCCACCAACGAUGUCACCAACGACUGCAAGGCUCUCGCCAAGAUGGCUCCCAAGACUCAAGGAGGUAACGGUGAGAUCGAGGGUACCUUCGACUGCCAGUCCAACAACGAGGAGGCCAACCAGGAUACCUCCGGUAAGACCGGCUCUGGUCAGGGUGUCACCGGCGGCAGCUCUGGCAGUGGCUCUGACAAGAAGGACAGCGGUGCUGCUGGUCUCUCGGUCAACGCUGGUCUCUUCCUUGCCGCUGCUGGCGUCCUUGCCCAGCUCCUUCUGUAAAGAACGCUAGGAUGACUUGUGAACAAUAAUGGUGUAUCGUGGGUCGGAAAUGUGGGGGCGUUUUUCUCUCGAUUACUACUGCAAAUCAGAUGGGAUUACUAAUUGGGCCAUCCUGUUGCGCGCACAAAUAUUCUCUGUUGUUUCUCUCGGCUGAGAUGGAAAAUUUCGUCGUUUGUUGUUUAGCUUUGCUGCCGCCUGUGUUUUUUUUCUGGGCUGCAUGGAGCGCACACAUCACAUGACCCCGUAUUUGCAGAAAGAAACCACUACUAGACUUAAUAACCUCUCUCACUCUCUCACUCUCUGUUCACCGUCCCUCAACACAUCAUCAUUUGGGGUUAAGCGAGCACAUCACAUGCCGCCCUUUUCACCUGUCGCUGCAUUUUUGCACAUGCCACACACUUGGGGGACCGGGUACUGGGUUUGGAUUAAGGACCCGAGGGAAUGUUGAUCUCUGAUGAUGAAACGGGCGAUCGUCGGUGAAGUGAGUGGAUUAUGGAUUGUUUCAUGAUGAAGCACUGAAGUCACCCCACAGGGCUACAACUGCGGUUCAUGGAGCUCAUUGAUGGCAUGAUGGAAAUAAGAAAAGAGAUGGGAUGAUCAGCGAAGGCUUGUUUGCCAACCACCUCAUUUACCGUGGACUCGAGUCGGGAGAUGGAAGUAUGGAGGAGGGUAUUAGCGCUUGUCGAAAGAUGCUUGUUAUUGUGUUUGUUUACGAUCUGUUGUUUGGUCGGUUUUCAUUUGGCUUUUCAUGUCGCAGUUUGGCGUUCAUGAAGGCAGUUGCAUCAUCAUCGUCUCAUUGUUGGGUCUCGUUGCUUCAGGUAGAUUAAUUCAGAGUGUCUUGUUCAAGUCGG